AUGGCACGACUCAGCCACAUCAGAACAUCCCAAAUGCCAUCCAGCAGAGACUCGUCGCCGGAUCCUCUCGACCUGCCCACUUCACCACUCGUAAGACACUCGCCGAUCAAGCGACAGAGCAGCGUGAAGCGAUCGCUGUCGCCGCGCAAAGUUGGACGACCUCGAAUUACUGCGACACCCACCAAGUCCGUCGUCCUCGACACGCCGGGAGCUGGAGAUGCGAGUCCGUGGCGCAUCAAGGUGACGGUGGAGGCCGAGCCAAGAGAUGGCAGUCCGGGCAAGCGCAUGACACGAACGACAACUGUGCCGCCGAAGGACGAGACUAGCAAGAGAUCGAGUAGUCCCACGAAGCGCACAUCGCCGAGGAAGGGAACACCCGCCGAGACGAAGAAGCCAGCCAGGAAACGCAAAGGCACGCCGAUACGGGAUGCGAGACCUGCGAGACCGCCGCCAGAGGUGAAGGCGACACCGGAGGUAACAGAGGCAGUCCAGCAGAGAUCGCAUUCGCCUGCAGGACGAGCCUCUGGAAGAUUGGCGCAAUUGAGUGGUACUCCUGGCUCUGCUCGAUAUCAGCGGCUGAGCUAUGCACGAGAAGAGCUGGAUGCGGCAUUGCAGGCUGCAGUGGGCAUGUCCGAUGCUGUGCCGAGAUGCGAUCCACCAGGCGACAAGACUGUUUCUAUGAACGAGGACUUCAGCAUGAUCUCAGUGGACUCUUUGCAGGCUACGAGGGAACAUGGUCUGUCGAAUUCUAUGAGGAGUAUGCCCGACGGCGAAAAGUCUGCGGUAAUGGUCUCAUAUAUGGCUUCUUCGCCGCCGAAACCACAGUAUCCGGACUUGUCGAAGAAAUCCGAGAUGGCUAGGUCUCGUCUCGGACAAUCUGCCACGACGCCUUAUGAUUCAAUGAGUGGGAAGUCACUUGGACCUGCGAGAAGUGUGCUCUCUUCUGCGAUGAAGCAGUCUCCUUUGUCACAACAGCAAACGAGGAAAGCUAGCAACGAAGAACAGUGGCAGCGAGAACGGGAAUCUGUCAGUCGCAAGAUACAGUCCGCACCUCAAGAGAACGUAGUAGUGGUUGACGAUGAUGUACAUGAUGAUGACGAUGUUGACGAAGACAUGGUGGACGAAGGAGACCAGCCAGCUGACAAUGCUGAUGAUGAGGACGAUCUGUGGCAGACUGAAGCAUCUCGUGAAGUGAAAGUGAGCAUGCGAGAUAGCCGAAGAUCGCAGCACGAUCCAACACAUGUCGCCCCACCGCCACAAGAUCGGGAGCCACAACUCGAAGAUCUGUUCGCCGAUGAGCCGUUGAAGCCAGCGCGGCCUAAGAUACCGCGGACCUGGCGACGUUCUUCUGGGAUGGACUUCGAAUACAUCGACUCUCCCGCCCAUCAGCCUGUUGUGGACGAUGUUGAGCGGGCGGAAGAUCGAAAGGACUCUCCCGACGGCAGCGGCGUGCUCACGCCACCAGACACCGACAGCGAGGACGACGAGGCAGAGCAGGUCGAUGUUGCGCAACCGGCGGAGCACGACCAACAAGACCAAGAAACAAGUGACUUCGAGCCAGAUGCUGAAGCGACCAGGGUGCACGGCUCUGAUGUCGUUGACAAAGAGGCACAACCACUGGAGGCCGAAGCAGAGCAGGAAGAUGAGAUCAUGUCCGACGACAGCGUUAGUCCCAAUGGUGAAGACACUGGCAACUUCUUCGCAAUGAAUCUGCCCAAAGUUUACACUGUACAGGAACCACCGAAGAGGCGAGGAAGGCCGCCUCGUCAGCCAAGCAUGAACUUGACUGAGUUGCUCAAUCUAGAUGGCACUAACAGUCCAGUGAAGCCUGCAAUGGCACCACUAAGAAGACCAGCACUUGGCGACUCGAGACAACAAGCUGGUAGCUCAUAUUCGCUUCAAAGGCCGAAUCAACCUCAAGCACGCCGUGUGGACAGCGCCGUCAACCACAGCAGCAGCGUCGCAGAAAGCUCUUCGAAAUCGCUCAGCAGUCCUCUUAGGAAAAGCCUGUUGCGAAGCAGUAAGAUGCACGGCAGUCCAUCUGCAGCUGAGAAGCAGGGACCGAGGCCCGAUGUCUCGCAUGACAUGCCACCAUGGCGUGGCAGACCUCGCUCUGGCUUCUUCAAGAAGGAUCGCCAAGAAGACGCCGCCGCAGACAGCUUCGAGGGCAAGACGAGCGACCAGCAGCAACUGUUGCAAGAAGCGAGAGCUAUUAGUAAUCGGACCCACCUGCAAUAUAUCCAAGACUAUGCACGAGAGCACAGCAACAGUCAAAAUAUGGAGAUGUCAGAUGCCGGGCAGGAUUCCCAACCAAGAAACAAGGGCAAGCAGCCAUAUGUACAGCAAGAGGAGGACGCUCUUGAGGAGGAAUCGGGAGAGGAAGAAACCGAUGUUCAUGGACCAAGCGGAAGCUACGAAGAGCGUCUCAAUCUCGAGUCGCCAGGCAAGGUCAUGGUGAACUUCAACGACUCUCGAACUUCUUCUCUCCUCGCACCGACUCGGCACUACCCUCCUCUCUUCGAUCAGCCUCCACCACCUCGACAGCAGACACAACAACUCAAACCGGAAGACUCUCCAAACACGGGGAUCCUCGUCGCAAAGAGACCCACUACGACGACCGCAACCUCAACCCAGACCGGCAUUUUCUCCCGCCUCACCUCCACCUUCUGGUCCGCCAUAACCCACCCCGUUGCCCCAGUCAUCGAUCCUGCUCCACCGCAACCUGUCCCCAAGCCCGAAAGCCUCGACGCCCACUUCCCUCCCUCCCUCCGCGCCCAACUCCGCGAACGCUACGGCAUUGUCCACGACCGCUUUCCCUGGACAAUGCACCACAUGCGCACCGUCCACCGCAUGCUCAACUCCCUCACCUCCGGCCGCGCUGACACCCUCAUCCCCACCCGCGGACGCCUCCCAGAUUCUAUCGCAUUCUACAUCAACAAGACCCUCCUCUCCGCAACCGGCUACGAAUUUUUCUUUACCGAGCAACUCGCCUACGUCGUCUGGUCUUUCUUCCAGCUACGCAUGCCGGCGCAUGUCAUCGAGAGGAUGGAGAACGGAGAGGAUGAGUGGUUAGGCGACACGAUGGCGGAGAGGUGUCGGGGCUGGUUCGAUAGCAGACACGGGAGCGAGGAGCUGUUUCAAGAGGUGACGCAUGGGAAACAGGUCGCGGAGUGGGUCAACAGGCACGAGGGGAUAAUUGGGGUGAAUUUCGUAGUGAGGGUCUUGGGGGUUUGUGUUAGGAGUAAUGAGCUGCAUGGUGGGCCGUAA